CCACAGGAAAAAAUUGCCACCGCAUUAUCAUCAUCAUCAUAUCAUCCAAAAUCUCAUGCCACUCCCACUCUCCCAUUCCAAUAUCUCUCUCACGCCGCCACUGUAUUUUCAGUAACAAAAACAAUUUUCUAAAAAACAAAAACAAAAACAAAAACAAAAAGUAAAAGUAGUGACGCGACCUUUAACAUCACCUUAUAAAAGUCCAUCUCUCUCUUGCUCUUUCUCUCUCUUUUUUCUCAUUUUCCCGAUGACCGCGAAACGAAACGAUUCUGGUUCGAAUUUCUAAGAGAAAGAAGAAGAAGAAGAAGAAAAACGUUUUUUUUUUUUUCUUUUCCGGUAAUGGGAGAGAAGAACGACGUCGUUUUGCGAACUUUCAGGGCGUUGGUGGAAGGCGCGGACCGAAAGUUCGCGAGGGUUCGAGACGUUCCGGCGUACGGUCACGUGACGAGCCAGCAGUACUUCCACAAGGUCUUCAAGGCGUACACGAAGCUCUGGAAGUACCAGCAGGAUCACCGGUCGGAGCUCGUCGACUCCGGUCUCCACCGCUGGGAAAUCGGCGAGAUCGCCAGCCGGAUCGGCCAGCUCUACUUCGGCCAGUACAUGCGGACCAGCGAGGCCAGGUUUCUCGUCGAGGCUUACGUGUUCUACGAGGCGAUUCUCAAUAGGCGCUACUUCGAAGGAUCCAAAGGCUUCGGGAAAGAUCUCGGGGUUAGGUUCAAGGAACUGAGGUUUUACGCCAGGUUCUUGCUCGUUUCGUUGAUUUUGAACCGGACCGAGAUGGUUAAGGGCCUCACGGACUUGUUCAAGGCUCUCGUCGAUGAGAGCAAAGCUUGUUUCCGGGAAACAAACUUUAAAGAAUGGAGGCAAGUGGUGCAAGAAAUUGUCCGCUUUAUGAAAGUUGAUACGGCCUUUAUGAAUGUCAGGCCUUUGCGUUAUUGUGCCAUGUUUGAUUCCCAUCAAGCUUCUCUUCCGUAUGUGGCUCGCUUCCAUGCAAAGAAAGUUCUAAAGUUUCGAGAUGCACUGCUGACAAGCUACCACCGGAAUGAGGUCAAAUUUGCAGAACUUACUUUGGACACUUUUAGAAUGCUGCAAUGUUUGGAGUGGGAGCCAAGUGGGUCUUUCUAUCAAAAGCAGCUAGUUGAAUCAAAUGGGAACUGCGUUUCAACUGAUCAUUCUGGAGCUUCUGGAUUGAUUGAUAUAAAUUUGGCUGCGGACAUGACUGAUCCAACCUUACCACCAAAUCCAAGGAAAGCUAUUCUCUAUCGUCCAUCUGUAACACAUUUGAUAGCGGUUAUGGCUACAAUUUGUGAGGAGCUCCCUCCAGAUAGUGUUAUGCUAGUAUAUCUAUCAGCCUCAGGGAAUGCUGGUCAUAGUAAUAAUGUUAGUCAGAUGGAAGGAUUUCAGAAAUCUUCAAAAUACAAAGUUUCUUCUCAGUUCUCACAAGAGCAGAGUAGUUCUAUGUCUGAAUCUAGUUCUAAUGAUAGGGGAGAGUCAACUGGCUAUUAUGAUAGUUAUCUGUGGUUUGGUUCAAGAGGAAACAGUGUUUCAAAUAAUCUUUACCCUGGUGAUAUAAUUCCUUUUACCCGAAGACCUCUUUUCUUGAUUAUUGAUAGUGACAACAGCCAUGCAUUCAAGGUUUUACAUGGUGCAGAGAGGGGAGAGGCAGCUGCUCUACUCCUUUCACCUAUGAGGCCAGCAUUCAAGAAUUUAUCUGAUGUUGAUAUAUCAAAAAAUGGAAGUCAGUUUACCUUUUUCUUGACCGCUCCCCUACCAGCAUUUUGCCAAAUGGUUGGCCUCCACUCUUCUGAUAUUAACGCUGAUGUUUACAAUGAUGCUGAAAACAUACUCUCCACUGCGUUCUCUGAGUGGGAGGUAAUACUUUGUACAUCCACUAGCGUGAAUAUAGUUUGGGCACAAGUUUUAAAUGAUCCGUUUAUUAGGCGGCUAAUUCUAAGAUUCAUAUUCUGCCGAUCGGUGCUUUCAUUCUUCUGCCUUCCAGAAGAUAGUGAUCAAUAUGUACCCGUUUGCCUACCCCAUCUACCUAGUUCUAUCUCACCAAAAUCUGAAGUUGUGCGGUCUUCUGUCCUCCGGCUUGCAAAGCACUUCAGCGUUGCUGACUGUUUUCACUUCAAUGACACGUAAUCAGGACCAAAGACGUUGAAACAAGCUUGUAAAGUUAUGUUACAGCCCUCUGGCGCUUUAAUAGUUUCUGCAAUUUAAUGGGACAGUGAGAAUUAGAAUCAUACCAGGGGCUUUUCAGGGGAGUUCAGGGGGAAUAUAAUUGGUUAGUGAGGCUUCAGCUGCCAAUUUGGAGAUUAUAUGUCCGAGCGUGGUUGCUUCCGCUUGUUUUAUUGCCUGUGUGCAACCCGCAGCUUCAUCAGUCUGGUGGUUUGCUGACAUUGGUUGGAUGGGUGUUUGAUUAUUUGUAGGGUGUGCUUGAGCAUUGCGGGUUAAUUGAUAGAGUUUCCAUUUUAGUGCUAAUUGUUUAUACCAUUGUAAAAGAAAAUCAGGUAGUCAAAAUGAUAUAAAUUCCACCUUUUUUUUUGGUUGAA